AUGAACUUUGUAAGAACACAGAACUACAGCUCAGAUAAGGCAUCUGGCGGACUCAUCGACUUUACCAAGGGGUCCCUGUUCAGCACAGACAGCGCAGCGCCUGCUGCCAAAGGACGGCAACGGGAGCGAACGGACAAGUCUGACGUCGAAUUCAAACUAAAGGAACUUUACUGCGACAGAGAUUCAGAGUUCACUGCGGAUAAUCUCACGUCGGCAACCGCUAUCGCAUCGGCCUUCAGCGAGGAGGACAUCGCGCACCUGGAUCAACUUGAGCGCAGGCGCAAUUUGCUCUGGAAGAGACGCAGCUUGGAGGAGGAAGAAUUCAUCAAAGAGGCGCAGCGAUUGCGUAACGCUCAACCAGACGAAGAAACGCAGGAAAUCAAGAAGCCUAAAAAGGACGUGGAGCAUCGGAAAGAGGAGAAUCGCAUAUCGCUGUUCAGAACCACGCGGACGAAUUCCGUGGUGUUUGAAAAGGGAUCCUUUCCCGCCAUUCAAAUCGCUGUGGUGGGAAACGCGUCCAGCAACUGUACAAACGAGGGGAGAAGCGAGGACAACGAAGAUAAGGAGGUGCAAAAAUCACCCUCAGUGUCUCCUUCGGGUAGUACAAAGCGAGUGUACACCUCUGUUGCUGCAAAAGGUGGACCAGGGGCACCAAAAAGCAAUUCAUCUGGCGGGCUAGCCCUGGUGCAGGGUUACUCGUCCGAGGAAGACGUAUGA